AUGACACAACAAUUGGAUUUAGUGUUUUUGGUAGACAGUACUGGUUCGAUGGGACAAUAUCUCGAAUCGGCUAAACGGAACAUCCGCCACAUAGUUGAAACAAUCCAGACGUCCGAGAACAUUGAUCUUCGAUUCAGUUUGGUAGAGUACAAAGACCACAAACCAAUUGAACCAUCUUUUGCUGUUAAAGAGUACGGCUGGAAGACUACUUCCGAUGACAUUUAUAACGACAUUGCACAGUUAAGUGCUUAUGGAGGUGGAAUGGACGGACCUGAGAGUGUGACAUGUGCGUUUUCCACAGCCGUCGAAUACGAUUUCAGACAAUAUGCAGCGAAGAUAAUCAUUUGGAUAUGUGACGCGCCACCCCAUGGAUUUAAUAUCCAAUACGACGGGUUUCCUGAUGGGUGCCCCUGUGGGAUCGACUUCCAAAAAGUCGUGCUGAAGGCUGUUCAAAAAGAUAUCCAGGUCUACUCGAUCGCUUGUGAACCCAUUCGAUCUAUUUACAGACACUUUAGAGACUUAAUGCGAGCCGUUGCACAAAUAACAGGUGGCCAGUUUGUACCAUUGAUCUCGGCUGAUUCACUUGGGGAUGUUAUUAUCGGUGGGUCGUUAGAGGGAGUUGGGAUGAAGGACGCAAUGAACUUAAUCACACUUCGAAUGGAAGCGGUCGAUGGCUUCGACAAGAUGACAAAAGACGAGAAAGAGAAACUCACGAGAAAAGAAAUAGCUGAGUAUUUUGCUAAUGGGAAGAACAAGAUUAAACAGGUCGAAGUGAAGUCUGUUUUUAAAGGGGAAAUGCCAGAGAUCCCUAAGAUCUACUUCUUGGCACAAACAUUCAAGGAGUUGGUCGAUGUUCUCAAGACAAGAGAGCCCUCUGUGUAUCAUUUUGUUGAUGGAGUCAAACUCGAUGAGUAUGUACCAACACCACAGAGCUUCUGGGACAAAAGUGGAGUUGCUGCGUAUCACAGAAAAGUCCGAGGGGAGGAGGUUGAGAGCGUCAAAAUUGAAUUGUGCAAUGAAGAUGAGUAUAGGAUAUACAGAGGCUUUGGGAAAGAACGGGAAGGCGACGACCAAGUCCAAAACAAAAAGGUUGAAAAUUUCAAAGAAGGAGAGACGGUCAGAGUGCAAGAGGCUCCUGUAGGUCCGGAGCAGCAAGAAAAGUUAAUCAGCAGACUUAUGAGAAAAUUGAAGAAUUGA